GCAUAACCGUGUAAACACACCAUCCAGCCGGAAUGCACUGAUCACGAGACUAUGUAAAUGCUAUUGACGAUGUGUGGGGCCCGAGGAGACUGGCAGAAGGAAUGGCAGCACUACGUGAAGGGCCUUGUGCUUCUCGUGGGCAUCCUCUAUACUUCCUAUGCUGUGUAUUAUGCAAACCUGCGCCUCAACUCGAGUACCUGGGCAGCACGCCCCACACAGUUGUCGGAAUUUAUGUGGCGUGGAGACACCGGCCUGGAGAACGUCCAUAGUCAUGUGAUGAAGGAGCACCUGUCACCCGACGUCACCAUCAUCACAGCGUACUUCAACCUCGGCAAGUUCACCAAGGGCACCGGCUACAGCUACACGCCCCACCUCUACACACACUGGAUGCAGGUGUUCGCCAGACUCAAUAACCCCCUCGUUGUUUUCACUGACAGCCAGGAUGUUUAUGACCUUUUCGUAAAACUCAGACAAAAUUUUGCAUCGAACCAGUCCAAAAUAAUCUUGCUUGAAAGAAGCAAACUUUGGUCCUUUUCCCUCGCUGGGGAAAUACGAAAUGUUUAUCGCCAACAUAACUACCCAAAAUAUCACCCAAAUACAGUUAACGAGAACUAUUCCUGCGUCAUGCACGCAAAAUUUGAGCUAGUUAACAAGGUCAUUCGAGAACAGCUUUACAAAACAAAAUAUCUCAGCUGGUUAGAUAUAGGUUUAUUUCGCGACAUCGCUGGCGAAGGUUCCGUAUUCCCGAUCCAGACGCCACCAUUAUGGGACGAGAACAAAGUUGCCUACAGCGAGGUCCACGAUUUCGAAGCAUCCUUGACCCCUACAGAGGUCAUAUUUCAGAACCGGGUAUGGGUUUGUGGUGCGAUGUUUCUGGGUAGGCCAGAGGUUCUGUAUAUGUACACCAAGGACUACAUGAAGGCGGUCAGAAUGCUGCUUGACCAGUCGUUAAUGAGCACUGACCAACAGGUUAUCUAUUCAAUGUACUUGCCAUCAUUCAACUUCAAGCCCCAUGUGGACAUACAGACGUACACGACCCACAGCAGCGGGGACUGGUUCUAUCUUGGGUAUCUCAUCAAGGACCUCUGGGAUAAAAAGAAACGGGAGAUGAUGCCACUGGUUCGAUUCUUUCUGUCCUAUCUGUGAUAUUUUUUUAUAUUUCCAGAAGAGGUUAAGUCUAAGAUAGAUUUAGACUGACUAUUUUAAUGUCAUUUUCUAUCCUGCUCGACUAUUUUCUGGGUUUUUACAUGGCAAGAGCAGGUAACUCUAAUCAAACUUGCCAACAUUCAGUUUCAGUUAACCUCAACUUCCUUUUUUUUUUAAUGUUUAAAAGUUUUUUAAAAAGUUUUUUUAUUGCGACAAUUUAGCUAAAACAAUUUUUUUGUAUCAACAAAUUUUACUAGUCUAGCUUUUUAACUUUUUGUUCAAUUAGGCUAAAAAAAUAAUUGUCUUUGUUAUCAGGCACCACCCGAAUCAUCAUAAAGUCUGCCGCACAUUUUGUUUUUAUUUCCAUUUUCAAAAAAAUAUAUAAAUCUAAUACUUAAACACAAUGCACAAAAAAAUGAAAAUUGAAACAAAAACGAAACGAAGACUUUAUGAUGAUGUGGGCAGAGCAUGAGAACCAAGACUGUUAUUUUUUUUAGCCAUAUAUGCUCUGAAUGUAGAGAUCUUACCCUUAUGAAAAAAAGAUUCCUGUCGAACAACUGUUUGACAGUUGUUUUUUCGUGUGUUUUUUUAAGGAUAAAGAGAUCUUCACGCAAGGACAUAUAUCAUAUUGAAAUCAGUUUGUUUACAAGAAUGUUUUUACAAGGAUGUUAUAAUGAUGAUGGCCUUGUGUUUUUGUGUCAAAUUAUGGCUCUGUGACUUACAACUAAAAAUGCCAUGUGAUGGCUAUCCCAGAAUUCCCUGUUGCCUGAGAAUAGAAGUACUAGUUUCCUGUUUACUGCCAAAUCCAUGCUAGUAUAUCAACAUUCAAAUCAUCUUCAUGGAAUGCUGUGUACUCCAUAGUAAUUAAUGUUUAGUAACAGUUAAGACGCCAUGAAUAUUUGUGAUCGUCAUUGUUUCAUUGUUAUUUGAGAUUUUGUGCAAAUGUUAAUGUUGUCGUUAACCUGUGGACAACUGGUUAUAUAUAGAUUGUUGAUGACUGGACUGGUUGGGUCAAAAUGGAGCUGUUUUAUCAUACAUAUAUUUGAGCUUUGUUUCUAGUGAAGAAUCUCAAAGUUUAAGAACCAAUUCCUGCCUGCGCUAAUACAAACUUAUUAUCACUUUUGUGAUGUAGUAAUAGAAUGUUGUUGUGAUGUAGUAUCUCGAGUUUAGAGGUAUCAAAUCAGCGAUAUAUACCUUUACUUUCACCACUGGGUUUACACGAUUUUACAGAGGUGUUAUAAAUUCUCAGACUGAUAUUGAACCCAAUGUCUACACAAAUUUUGAUUCACAUUCCGAAUUUAUAAAAUGUAAAAUUACCGAUUCAGAUUGUUAUUGUUUCAACAAUUAUCUUAGCUUUACAAAGCUGGUUGUAGUUAACUGCUAAUGGGACCAAAGAGACUUUAGUACUAAGAAUUACAGUUUUUGCAUUCAAUUCAUUGUUAAAAUCCCUCUGAAUUUAACUAUGGACAAUAAAACAACUUUUAUUUUUGGGUCAAAAUAUUAAAUUCUCUCAAUUGGUCUGCCACAAGCACAUAGUUUAAAGUUCUACACUAAUCCCUCGUUUAUCUCUAUAUAUCUGUAUGGCUUGAUGAGGGAUCUAUAAAUAGUUUGUUGCGAACUUCCACAUGAUAGUCAAAUUUUCAAUUAGUUUCAGAACAAUGAAUUAGGUCACUGUUAAAAAGUAGGUCAUAGUGGCCUAUUAUUUGAUGAUUAAUCAGAUGCCAUCUUUGUUUUUGUAACUGACUACAAUCAGGAGCUUAAUCUGGUUGUAUUUAUUUACACUCACAAGUCCUACCCUCACUUUAAGGCAGGGGUUUAUGAUAGGGAGAGCAGUGAUAGCUGUUUAUUGUGUAUUUACAACAAAGCAUUGUUGAUUUGUGUGAUAUCUAGUCUGUUCAAGUUCUGUGUUUUGUUAUAUAUCGUGCACAAAACUGUUUUGAAUGUAUCUAGUCAUUUUGAAUACUCAACUGUUUUAAGCUGUUUUUCUGAUCGGAAAGUGUCACAAUUAUAAGGCUUCCAGAUAUGAAUGAUAUUUUUUACAAACAAAGGACAUCAUCAAUAAUUCACACAUACGUUAUAUUCUUCUCAAAAGAAGUUCAAGAACACCUGAUUUUUUUCAUGAUCUGUCAUGAUGGAUUGACUGCAGUAAUAUGAAGAAACGGGUGUUCCUUAACUUCUUUUGAGUGGUAUACAUGUUUCUCCAUCACCGAUGAAUACAUACGCUUUGUGGUGUAGUCACUGUUUUUAACCAACAAGUUGAACAAAGGCUUAGUUCUAGUGAGCGGGAACUAGUCAGGGCUCGAUUUAGUGAUAUAAAACAUGGACCUCUACAACCUUAUAUUGAAAAAUGCACCCUAAUACUUGUGUCUGCUUGCACCAGGUGUUUUAAAUAAAAAAAAUAGAUUUGUGUUUGACUAACCCUUACUUGUCGACACAACAACGAUCUUUGAACACAAUCAAUACUUCUAUUCUUUGUUUACCAUACUACAUCACUAAUUGUUGUAUUACCGUAUUCGACGUAAUAAGCGCCCAGGGCGCUCUCAAAAUUAGAAAUAGGGGGCUCUUAUUAGAAAAUUAUUUUAUUGGA